AUGAGGAUGAAGACGCUGGCGUGCUGCCGGCGGCGGCCGCAGGACUUCAGCAUGGACAUGGACCAAGAGCCCGACAGGGUGAUGACAUAUAAUGGCCUCGAGACUUGCAUUAUCAACAGUUCCGCCUAUGACGAUGAUAGUGCCAUUAGUGCAACAACAGGCGGAGAUGGAUGUGUCACCACUGAUUCCCUUGAUGAUGAAGUCUCUAGUUGCUCUAGUAAAGAUGCUUCUGGUUCUUCCUUCUCUUCACACUGCCUUAGCAAGCAGGAGGAGCAUUCACUAGAUGAGUUGGGUACACCCAUUGCAAUUCAUCUACUCCCUUUCAAAGGGAAGAAACCAAUCACAUAUACCUUGAGUGCUUUAGAUAUUGAAAACAUGAAGGAAAAAUUUGCAAAGCUAUUGCUUGGUGAUGAUACUUCAGGAGGAGCUAGGGGCGUUUGUGCAGCUCUGGCCUUGUCCAAUGGCAUAAUCAAUCUCUCUGCAACUGUUUUUGGAGAACUCUGGAAGCUGGAACCAUUGUGCGAAGAUAAAAAGAUCAGGUGGAGAAAAGAAAUGGACUGGUUGCUGUCUCCUACAACUUAUAUGGUGGAGCUGGUUCCAACGAAGCAAAGCGGGGCAGAUGGAUGCACAUUUGAGAUUAUGACUCCAAAGGCCCGCUCAGAUGUUCAUGUGAACCUUCCUGCCCUUCAGAAGCUUGAUACGAUGCUUAUUGAAGUGAUGGACUCUAUGAUAGAUACAGAGUUCUGGUAUGAGGAGAGUGGUAGCAGAGCUGAUGGUCGGGGCAAAAUUACAGGUCCAAGGAAGAGUAAAAAGUGGUGGCUCCCAUCUCCUCGUGUCCCUGAGGAAGGGCUAUCUCAAUUUCAGCGAAAAAGGCUUGUUUUUCAGGCUAAGCUUGUUCAUCAGAUCCUCAAAGCUGCAAAAUCCAUCAACGAACAAGUCCUAUUCCAUAUGCCUAUUCCGGCAGCUGUUAUGGAUGCCCUUCCGAAGUCUGGGAGGGCUAGCUUGGGUGAAGAUUUGUAUCAGGCUAUAACCACAGUGUAUAUUCCUAUAGAGGAAAUAUUUGUUUCGCUCAGUUUGAAAACUGAGCAUAGUGUGCUCGAGACUAUUAACCGGUUGGAGGGUGCAGUGUUUGCAUGGAACCAAAGAAUUCUAGAGGAAAGAAACAAGAGGUCCCCAGGACGCCAUUCCUGGAGCUUCAUGAAGGAUAGCUCAUCAGAACUUGACAAGAUGUCUGCAUGCAUCGAAAGGGUUGACACUCUUGUGCACCUUCUGAAAUCCAGAUAUCCGAACCUGCCUCCAACUUUUAUAGAUGUUUUAAAGGUCCAAUACAAUGUGGACGUGGGGCUCGCAAUUGUGGAGGCCUACUCUAGGGUUCUUGUUGGGGUAGCAUUCAGCAUACUGUCGCGUGUGGCAGAGAUACUGCUGGAGGAUGACCUAAUCAAGAAGCCCAACACCCCCAUGGCCACACUGAAGUUCGACCUCUCCUCCGACGUGUACUUGGCAGGCAUCACAGAGACGCCACCUGGCCACAUCCGGCGGUCGCUUAUGGACCAGAUCAGCAUGGUCGACGGGCGCUUCGAUGCUGUUGUCAAGAAGAAAGGGGUGAAGCAGCUGCGGUGGUGA